GCGGAGGAGGAAACAGUUGGCAGGCUGGGAUGCAGAGUGACUUCUUUGUUUCAUUUUUGAACACGGAAAUGGAUAGCUCGCAUUGGGGUGGCCCCUCUGGAUGCAGUACAUGAUGGCCGAGCAACCGCUGCCCCAGCCCUGAGCCCACGAGUUCGGAGCCUCCAGGUUGUGCUCCAGUGAAGAGGAUGCUCUCCAGUUUCCACCUCCACUGCUCUCUGCUGGCUUUUAUCAUCUAUGGUUUAGUUUUCCAAGUUCACGAGCUGCAGUCAGCUCUGCUCAAUGUGACAGGACCCCCUGGCCCCAUCACCGUGGCCAUGGGUGAGGAUGUGGUGUUGCCCUGCCGCUUCUCCCCAGAGCAGAGGGCGCAGGACACGGAGGUGAUCUGGUUUCGGGAACACUUCUCGCCCUUUGUGCAUCGCUACAAGGGGGGCCAGGACCAGUAUGGGGAGCAGAUGCUUCAAUACCAAGGGCGCACCGAGCUGCUGAAGGACGGCCUCGCCAAGGGCAGCGUGGACUUGAAAAUUUUCCGUGUCCAACUGUCUGACAGAGGGAAUUACACCUGCUUUAUUCACCGUGACUUGGAUUACGAUGAGGCUGUGGUGGAGCUGAAGGUGACAGCCAGCGGCUCUGCCCCGCUCAUCACGCUGGAGCGCUACCAGGACGGGGGAAUCUGGGUGACCUGUCGCUCAGCCGGCUGGUACCCGCAGCCCCAGGUGCUGUGGCAAGAUCCCCAUGGGCGGCAUCUCCCAUCCCUCUCAGAAAACGUUACCCAGGAUAAGAGCGGACUCUUUGCAGCAGAAAGCAGCAUAAUCCUCACCAGGGGCACGAACCAGAAACUCUCCUGCUCGGUUCGACAUGUCCUGCACAGUCAAGAACAGGGAUCAGCUUUUUACAUAUCAGAUCCCUUUUUCCAGAACGCCCAUCCUUGGAUGACUGCCGUGUGUGUGGUCCUGGUUGCUGUGGUCGUACUCCUUAUUAUUGCUGCUUAUCUAUUUAAAAUUAAAGGAAAGCAUGAGCAAAAAAUAGCGAUGCAAGCGGCAGCACUGCAGGACCGUGAUGCAGAAAUCGAGAGACAAGCUGAAGAACUUGCAUGGAGAAAAUACGCAGUGCCUAUAGAAGAAGUGAAGGUGGUUCUGGAUCCAGACACAGCCCACUGUGACCUUGUCCUGUCUGACGAUUGCAAAAGUGUGAAACGAGAAGACACGCUGCAGGACCUCCCCGACAUCCCUGAGAGAUUUAACCCGUGGCGCUGUGUGCUGGGCCGUGAAGGCUUCACCUCGGGGAGAUACUACUGGGAGGUGGAGGUAGUGGAUGGAGGAGGAUGGACUGUGGGCGUCUCUCGACAAGAUGUGAAAAGGAAGGGCGAUAUUGAGUUUAAACCUGAGCAGGGCAUCUGGGCACUGGGGCAGUGGGCAGGGCACUUCCAAGCUCUCACCUCCCCUAAUCGCACUCUCCUUCCUGAAAUCCAGACUCCCAAGCGGAUCCGGGUCUCUCUGGAUUACGAAGAGGGACGGGUUACAUUUUUCAGUGUUGAUGAGGAGAUUCCCAUCUUCACAUUUCCACUGGCAUCAUUCGAGGGGAUAAGCGUCCACCCUUGGGUCUGGCUGGGUCCUGGGACGUGGCUCAAAAUGUGUCCCUGAUGAAGGGGAGAGAGUAAGACGAGGCUUUUUUGAGGGGACCUCAGGAGUUCAGACUCACAGAAGGAUUUAGUUUGGAAGGAACUUGUGGAGGUUUCUGUUGCAAUCAGCUGCUCAGAGCAGGGCUAACCUCAAAGCUGCCUUAGGUGUCUUUGGACCUUGUUCAGCUGAAUUGUGUAGGAUCUCCAAGGGUGGAGAUCUUGUUACCUCUCUGGACCUCUGCCCUGGUCCUGCACCUCCCUCAAGGGGAAGGAUUAACCCUUUAUGUUUGGUCAGAGUUUCCCCAAUUGCAGCUCAUGACUGUUGCCUUUCAUCCUCGCUUUCUUACCUGUUGAACAACACUUCCACUGAAAAGACACUCCUGCAACAGGGAUCACUUUUUAAACCUACAGAAUAAAGUUACUUCAGCAGGAUUUGUCUGCAUUGUGUGUCAGCACCAAAUGUCUGUGUCUGAGGCUUUGUCUCCACCUCCUUUUAGCCUGUGGGGAGUUGCAGGCACUUUUGAGAAAAUGCUUCACUGCAUCCUGCAGGAUACAAUGAAGGCAUGUCAGUGGAAUUGGUCCAUGGCUUUGCUUGUCCCUGUGCCUGCCUGCAGCACAAGCCCAGGUGACGAGCUCACCUGUGACCUGGAGGCAUCUAACAUUGUGAGAUGGAGCCCAUCUUUAGUCAGUCGCUCUAGGGGAGGAAAAGCUGCUUUUGCUUACAGUGCUGAGGAGCCUGGAGCAAGCCUAGAAUGUCCCAUGAGGGCUGAAAUGAAACUGGAGAAACCAAAGGGCAUCUCAUAUUGCGGCAUGUUUCCGGGCAAUUCCAGAUUUUGCUGCAGUGGAAACUGCCACCUGCAAGGGGAGGAUAGAAGUAUGUGCUUCUGCUGAGGCCAGACAUGCUUUCACACCAGAUCCUCCGUUCAAGUGAUGUCCAGCAAGCACGGACCUUCCCAAGGGAAGGCUUCACCAUUACUGCUGAAUUCAUGGGCUUCUCAGAAAUAAGAGGAUGCACUUGUGUGUGUGCCAGGGUAGGUCUGUUCAUGCUCAGCCCGGGGCAGCUCCAUCCUCCCACCAUGGAGGAGCCCGAAGAGGGCUUUCACCUUUCUCUCCAGGCCUGCCCAGUCCCCAGGAAUAAUGCUCCCAGAGGCUGGUGGUCAUGUCUUAGCUUUUUUCCUUGCCAUGCACAAGCCCACACGAUGCAGCAGAAGCCAAAUCAGCUGUGAGACCUGCAGUAGCUGAAGGACCCAGUGACAGAGAGUUCCAAAGCCUCCUGUGAACUGUGUCAUAAGUCUACAGGGACAGGCAGCAUGAGGGUGGCCCUUGCUGCCAGGGCUCUGAAGAGUGGUUCAUGUCCCUAAAGAAGGCUGUGGGAAGGUGAAGAUACGGACCCUGCUUUCUGCACUGGAGAAGGAGCACCGUGCUCCUCAAGCUGGGGGUGAUGAAGUUGCAUGUUUCUAUGACCCUCGGGCACCAUCACCUCAUGAUCUCCUUCCUAUUUCCCAGAGUUACAUAUGGUGUUGGUGAGGUGCUAAAGGCAGUGGGGAACAGCCUGGAUCACUUUGUUCCCUCCAAACACCCACUCGAAACUGUCUGCGGGUGAAAUCAAGGUUGGGGCAACAACCUCAUGGCAGAUCAACCCCUGAUGCAUGGGAACAGGCUCUGGAACAGGAGAAGAAGUUGAUGGGCUGGGCAAAAAGGUGAACCUAGGGCAGAAAUUAAAAUGUGGACUGCAAAUGUGAGGCAAAAGCAUCAUCGCUAGUAGGAUGGCUGAUGUAACCCUCAUCUCCCUCUUGCCUUCACCUGAGGGAAGCAGGUUCAGCAAGGAGACAUCAUCCCUGCUCCUUUGCUCUCCCCACCUGGAUGGCAGAACCCCAGCAUCUCUCCUGGCCUCCUCCUCACUACUCGUAACCAGCCAUGAGAAGAGUGUGCCUGCAGAUGACUCCUGACCUGUGCACCCCUUUCUGCCGGUACAGCGUGCCUCUUCCCCUUCAGCAAGACAUGUCGCAGUGGACUGCUUGGGUCUU